AUGUCUAAGUGGUUCACAAACUUCAACCUGCGCUUUCGCCGCAGCAACAAUAAACGCACACAGGAAUGUAUCUCGAGUAAAUCGCGUCCCUCUCAGUCUGUGUUGCAACCGCAAUCGUUUCAAGUGGUGCAAAAUGAAAUCAAUCAAUUGGCAACCGACAGAAAAAGUCUCAGUCCUGACAAAAACCUUGGUGACGUAUGUGUACAAAAAAUCACGCCAGAUACAAAAAAGCCUUACGGUGUUCCAUUGCUGUUGACAGAGCAGCUCUAUUCUGCCGGCAAGGAAGCUGAAAAUGUAGGCAGUUUUACAGAACCCCCAUCCUUGGAUGCCAAUCUGAUGCAUCUAUCCGUUCCGCCAAUCACAGACCAUGCGACCGGCGUGACAGAAGAAAUUAAUGGGGGGAAGAAUCAAAAGCGUCUAACUGGGUUUCGCAGGUGGUUUGCCGAGGCUAAGAAAAAAUACCUGGUCGCUACUAGUGGGAUUGUGGAGAGUUCGGAGCCCACGAAAUCUGUGACAAAUCGCGAAAGUUUUCCUGACCCAAAAGGUAGGUCAGAAACAAAAAAGUUCAUGCGAGUAAAAGAUGGGAACCCGAUUGGUAAUGUUCCAAAAAGGAAAAAAGAGAAAAAAGGUAAAAAAGAGAAGAAAGUGAAAUCAAAAAAAUCAAAAACGACAGAAUAUUCUGCUCAUGACUCACAAAUAAGCUAUCACUUACCGGUGUAUGGUGUGCUGGAAGAAAGCAAUGUGCAAAUACCGGAGGUAUGCGAAUCACAAAAACUCUCCGAUGAUGGAGAUACAAAUGCUGGAAUUCUAAUGCAUAAUGUGCCUCAAUUGCAUCGCUCCUCGGAAACGCUUGAUCAGAGGACAUUGAUCAGUCAAGACUUGGUAGUAGAUAAACAGAAAAAAACAAAAUCUAUUGCGAAGCAUUCCAGUCCACUAAUUCAUCGGGACUCACGAUUGGCAAAGAUAUCGGAAAGAAAUGUUGGUGAACACAAUCGUGGUCAGGUGCCCGAUAAAUUGUCAAAGAAAGAUCAAGAAUCUCAAUACUCUCCACCAAAGCGAGACAAAGUGGCGAAAGUCGAGAGGUCUAAUCCGACUACAAAAUCCACAGACACAAAGCCGAUGCAUAUCACUAAAUCCUCUGACCAUGUUGGUUUGAAAACCGAACAAGGUGGUGAUAGUAAACUCAAUAUGUCUGUACCAAAGUCUCAAACUGGACAGUUUCGAGUGAAUCCCAGCGAAUCAGAUAGCUCAAUUGUUGUAGCAGAACCGCGGACCCCGGGAGCUAUAUACAAAACUCUUAGACGAAAAUCAAAGAAAACCAAAAAUACCUCAAUCUUGGUUUCGAUCUCUAGCAAACCCUGGUUUACAGCCUCUAGAAAGCGCAGGACGUGUUAUUUGUCCAGUAAACUUAUUGAAUCCGAAGGAUCAGGAAGUCUGGAGAGAACCGAAGGACGCCUCGAUUCGCAACGGAAGGAGACUAGUGAUGCAGCUUCUAGUGCGAGUGAAGAUAGUAGUUGGUGUCGUCGUAUCUGUGAACAAGAUAAAAAUCUAAGAAAAAAUAUCAGCAAACAAGCGACAGACAGUUCAACCCAUCAGCAGGGACGUCGGAGCUCGCGCAGCGCCCAUCGUAGCCGAAAGCAGAAUGAUUUAGUAAGAAAAUCCAGUCAGUCGGGUCAAGGGACUCCAAAAUCCUCACCCAAAGAGCGACUUAAUAUUUUGCUUCGACACGCGGAUACGAUGAUAGAAGAACUGAUAGAUCGUCUAGCUUGGGAUAUGGCUGAAGCAAUUGUGUCUCGAGCAAAUUAUGCGCGAACUUUGUCGUGUCGUUCUAAUCAAGUCUCUGUGCUACGCAUUCGUGCCUCUUCCUCUCAUCGCAGAAAUACAAGUGGGGACGGAUCAGCGUGCAGUACACCUUAUUUGCAAAGUCCUCCGAGAGAAUCACCGUUAGUGGACUAA